GCCUCGGCACACUUCACAUGACAGCCUCCUGCCCCCACGUACCAGCUGCCCUUCCUGAGAAAAUCCUGGACCUCCUGAGCUCUGCACCGCGGCAGCUCCGUCCUCACCCUCGACACCAGGUUUCCCCGGUGCCAGAGGUGCCGGCUGCUCCGGCUUCCUCCUCCUCUCCGUCCCGUCCCCCCACCCUGCACCCAUCGAGCCGGGGUCCCCAUGCAGCCACCCGCAGGGUGUGCUCAGCCCUGCUGCUGGUGCCACGGGUGGCCGCUGGCUUGCAAGCACAGGGGCUGACUGCAACGUUUCCCAUGCACGGCUUGAAAUCCCUUUCCCGCUGUCCCCCCGUGCGGGAAGCCCCCCAGACAUGGCUGUCUUGACUCCCGCGCCUCUCCCCAUCCCUCCCCUGUGUGGUGCGAGCUGGGUUUGCAAAGCACGGCCGGUCCCUCCACGCCGCCAUGGCUCAUCCCGUCUCCUCGUGCCUCUCGGAGGCUUUUCCUCUCACCCUGCCCUUAAUAUUUGGGGUUAUUACAUCCCUCGUGUGCAUCAGCUGUGGUUUAUCCCCCUUCAGCCUUGUUUUAUCCGCUGCGGGCUGUCCCUGGCCUGGCUGGGUCCUUCUCCAGGGCUCUGCUGUUGCUCAUCUCAGACAUCCCCCGUGCCCUCCUCUAAGGCCAUUUGUGACAGCCGUCUUAACGAAGCUCCAAUUGAUAACUGUCCCAGGCUCCUCUUCUCCCAUCCCCCUUCGGACGGGCCACCAUGUCUAAUUAAUUACCUUCCUCUUGCCGUUCAAUAGCUGGCUCUUGAUCCAUGUAAUCGUAUUUCUGUCCAUGCUGGCUUGAUUUAAUUUCCCCCUUAGGAUAUUGCGUGGCACUGUGUAUCAGAUGCCUCACCGAAACCCCCGUGUGUUGUAUCCGCCGCGGCCCCUUUGUCUGCAAUUACACAUUGUAUUUCAAUAGCAAAACCCUCCAGAUUUGUCUGGUUACGCUGCCACAGAGCAAACCCCGGGUGUUUGGCUCCUGCCUGUUCUCCUGGCAGCGUUUGCUUUGGGUCCUCUGCUCUGCUUUAGCUCCCGCCCUGCCGAUGCUGCGGUCCAGACCCCCCAUCCCGCACAGCAUCUUCCGCAUCCCCGUCGCAGCCCCGCCUGGGAAACCGGCCCCGUGCAAAGCCAUCGCCGUGCCCCGGAGAGGCCGGGUAGGGCAGCUCCCCUCGCCCGGCAUCCUCUGCCCCCCCUCCACGGGCCGCCGUCCCCUUUGUACGGGGGAACAAGGGCCGGUCUGUGCGGUGCGGGGACCUCGCACGCCUCCCCCCCGCCUCCGUGCUUGCGUGCCGGCCCCGCACAGAAGCUGCGUUGUUCGCCCCGCGCCGGAGCUGAGGUUUCGGGGCAGCGGGGCUGAGGGUUAAACCCUGUCUCUGGCUCCUGGCACCCGCCGGCCUUUUCUUCCUGCUCUUCCCUUGCUUUCUCUUUCUCUUUCGCGCCGCUCCCGGGCUCUGUUUUUUCCUGGCCCUUCUCGCUCUGCUCCAGUGUUUCGGAAGUCGCUGGCUCAAAGCACGCUCCGGCUGAACACGGCGGGUCAUCUCCGUGCCCGGCGGGCGCCCGCGUCCCACCCCUCCCCGGUCCACCAUGGCGUCCCGCAUCGGCCUGCGGAUGGAGCUGAUGAAGCAGCAAGCGCAGCAGGAGGCCGAGAGGGAGCGCGUGCAGCAGCAGAUGAUGAUGAACUACAUGCAGCAGCAGCGGAUGCCGGUGACGUCCACCCCGGCCAUCAACACCCCCGUCCACUACCAGUCCCCACCGCCCGUGCCCGGAGAGGUCCUCAAGGUUCAGUCCUACCUGGAGAACCCCACCACGUACCACCUGCAGAAGUCGCGGGACAAGAAGGUUCAGGCUUAUCUUUCCGAAACCUAUGGGAACAAGUUUGCUGCCCACGUCAGCCCCGUCAGCCACUCUCCCAAGCCACCCCCCGCCGCGUCCCCCGGCGUCCGGCCCGGCCACGUCAUGUCCUCCUCGGCGGGCAACAGUGCGCCCAACAGCCCCAUGGCCAUGCUCAACAUCGGCUCCAACCCCGAGCGGGAGUUCGAUGAGGUCAUUGAUGACAUCAUGCGCCUGGAUGACGUUUUGGGCUAUAUGAACCCCGAAGUCCACAUGCCCAACACGCUGCCGAUGUCCAGCAGUCACAUGAAUGUCUAUAGUGGGGACCCCCAGGUGACGGCCUCUCUCGUAGGUGUCACCAGCAGCUCCUGCCCCGCUGACCUCACCCAGAAGAGAGAGCUGACAGAUGCCGAGAGCCGAGCCCUGGCGAAAGAGCGCCAGAAGAAAGACAACCACAACCUGAUUGAGAGACGGCGAAGGUUUAACAUCAACGACCGCAUCAAAGAGUUGGGGAUGCUGAUCCCCAAGGCCAACGACCUAGACGUGCGCUGGAACAAAGGGACAAUCCUGAAGGCGUCUGUGGACUACAUCAAGAGGAUGCAGAAGGACUUGCAGAGGUCACGAGACCUGGAGAAUCACUCGCGGCGUCUGGAGAUGACGAAUAAGCAGCUGCUGCUCCGCAUCCAGGAGCUGGAGAUGCAGGCACGUGUCCACGGGCUGCCCACCUCCUCGCCCUCGGGCGUCAACGUGGCCGAGCUGGCUCAGCAGGUGGUCAAGCAAGAAGCCAGCGGGGACGAGGGGACGCUGGAGCCGCUGCUGCCACCCCCAGACCCCGAAUCGCAGCUGCAGCCGGCGCUGCCUCCACCACCCCAGUCUCCUUACCACCAGCUGGACUUUACCCACAGCCUGAGCUUCGACGACGGCUCCCAGGGCUUCCCGGACAACCUGGAGCCCGGCCACAGCGCUUCCUUCCCAUCCCUAUCCAAGAAGGAGCUGGACUUGAUGCUGAUGCAGGACACCAUGCUGCCCCUGGCCUCCGACCCCUUGUUCUCGGCCAUGUCCCCGGAGGCCUCCAAGGCCAGCAGUCGCCGGAGCAGCUUCAGCAUGGAGGAUGCAGACAUGCUGUGACGAGGAGCUGCUCCGACGCUGGGGCGAGGACUGGACCUUCAAGUUUGGUUAGUGAAGUUACAGGGCACUCUCCUCGCAGGAGGAGCCCGUCCUGCAGCGCACUUGAAUCUACGUAGGAGUACCUUUUCUCUAUGCAACGGGGGUCUCGGAUCAAGGCUCGCCGGGUACCGCUGUGUCUUUCGCAAGCUUUUUUUUGCCAGGAGCUGGAGCGGACCUUCUUGGCUUGCCAUGGCGUUGGCCUGACUGCAGAUUCCCCAGCCUGGGAGCGUGAUCUCGGCCGCUUUGCCUUUCAGCGAAACCCUCCCGGACCGUGCCCCUUCCGCAGGGCGCUGGCUCGGAGUCGGAGCGGGCAGGAGCCUUCGCGUCCCUGGCAGGAGAAGGAUGAUGCUCAGAGCUUUCUGUCUGGCUUGCAGCCUCCUUGCCACCGCGCUCCAGGAGCCCACGUCCCUGAGUCUUCCCCAGCGGUGGCCUCUGAGCCCUGCGGAUGCUUCUUGGUGCCACGUCCCUCACGGUUCCUCCUUCCUCGGAGCGCCCGCUGUCUCUCGGGGUCGCAGGGCUGGAGGGAGAAGAGGCGCUUAAUUGGAGCGAGUUAAUUCAUGGAGCACGGGGGGUGUUGUCCGAGUGAGCUGAGUCUGAGGCUACGAAUUCAGGUUGGCACUGAGGGCUUCCAAAACAGGCGGGACAGGGCGUUUGAUGCUCGGUCAACCCCCCCGCUGUGCCCCCCACCUUGCAGGGGGGACCCUCCUGGGGUUUGGCAGCACCCACCACCCCAAAACCUCGCUGGCCUCUGGACAAGGGCUGCAUCUUCAGCCUCCCUUGAGACAUCCCUGCAGAGGUGCCUCUGCCCUGUGACACCAAGCCAGGGCUCUUCAGGUGGAAGGAUAAAGGGUUUUUACACUUUUUUUUGGGGGGGAUACUUGUUGAAAGCGGAUGUCCUGCCCCACAUCCGGGCAUGGAGGUCCGGGCUCUGGCUGGGGACCAGGGGAUGGUUUGUGCGGAUUGCCAAACCUGAGCUGCCUUUGGCUCGCGGGGUUUAUUUCUCUUCCCAGUGUCACCAGCUCGUUCCCUGGCCGGGACGGCUCGGUGGCAGGGAGCUGCUUCGGGAUCUGCAUCAUCUUCUGCCUCCUCAGCCCGGCUGGCGGCAGGGAGGGAGCUGGGCAGGGAAAGGGGACGCUGUUCACAGCACAAAUUUAUUGUGAAGCCCGAAGGGGAGCACGGGGAAGGCUGGGGAGAGGAGACCACUUCGUGAUCCUGUACUACAGCGCAGCGUCACCCCCCGGGCUGUGGGAGCUGUGGUGGGGUGGACGGGAGCCCAUGUGGGGGUGGGGGUCACUGGGUGCACCCUGUCCUGGACCAAGGAUGUCACAGGGUUGGCACCGCCAUGGGAAAACCCAGCCAAGGAGGGAGAAGCUUGCUUCAUCAUGGCUGGAUUUGGGAUUGCGAGGUGGGGGACAGCCCCGGUGCCCCCCCCCGGAGAGGUGCCUGUUGGACCUGAGGGUGUGGGGAAGUGCAGAAGGUGGGGAGGAGAGGGGGAAGGGAAGAGGGAGGACAUGUCGGAGGUGUCCUCGAGUGCUGGGGCAGCGCAGGGUCCGGCCGCUGCCCUGCAGGGCGCAGAGAAGGGAGCGGAGGGGACGUCGGGGCGCCGGGUGAGGGGCACGGGGCUGCGCGCUGGCGGGUUUGGGGCUGUUUCACCCCACAUGUUCACAGGAGGCCUUGGCAUCCUUCACGCACUGCCGUUAGUGCCUGUAAAGAGAAUAAUCCCCGCUGGCAGGGCGGCAGCACCCCGUACGCUGUGCCGAGUGCCUGUAAACCUGGGGGAUCUGUGGACACCAGAGGGUCCGUGCGGGUGCUUCAGGGCGGGCACACGAAAUCCCCGCUCGCUCGGGAUUAUCGUGGCUGUAAGGUGGUUGUGCUGGACCCUCGCGGUGGUACACGACACGUGCGGGGCUGGCUGGGGCGAGCGCCCGUUCUGUGCCCCGCUCCUGGCACCGGCGCAGGCAGAGCACCGUCCGCUGCUCAGCACGAGACGUGGCGUCUCCCCCGGCCGUGAGUAAACAGUUGUGGAUUUAUUUUUUUUUUAAUCUUUUGGGGGUUUUGUUUGUUUUAUUUUUCUUUUUUUAAUGCACUGUGCUCUGAUUAAAAAAUUUUACUACUGUUUUAUAAAUAAAUGUAUAAAAGAAUGAACUGGAAUGGAAGAAGAAUCAUUAAAAUAUAUUUAUUUACAACGUC